AUGGCAGCUCUCACAUCUCUCACCCAGAUCUGGGAUUUGGCCGAUCCUGAUGGCAAAGGCUAUCUGGACAAACAGAAGGACACCAGCAGUCCAUGUCUAAGCAGCACAGCAAGUGCCUCCAGUGAAUUACACUGGGCUGUCAGGCAGGAGGAGAAGAGUAAGUUUGAUGGGAUCUUUGAGAGUUUGGCUCCAGUCAAUGGCCUGCUGUCAGGAGAGAAGGUCAAACCAGUCCUCAUCAACUCCAAGCUACCUCUGGAUAUCCUUGGGAAGGUUUGGGACCUGAGUGACAUAGAUAAAGAUGGCCAUCUGGACAGAGACGAGUUUGCCGUGGCCAUGCACCUGGUGUACCGGGCCCUGGAGAAGGAGCCUGUUCCCACACUCCUGCCCUCUGCCCUCAUCCCUCCGUCUAAGAGGAAGAAGAGUCUGGGCUCAGUCGCCGUUUCUAUGCCCGGACUCCCCACAAGCCCUCCACCACCAAAAGACUCGCUACGCUCCACGCCCUCCCACGGCAGCAUGAACUCACUCAACAGCACCGGCAGCCUGUCGCCCAAACACACACUCAAGUCUGGACAGCAUUCGCUGAACUGGGUGGUCCCAGUGUCAGACCGCGGUCGCUAUGACGACAUCUUCCUGAAGACCGACGCUGAUCUUGACGGUUUUGUCAGUGGACAUGAAGUGAAGGAGAUCUUCAUGCAGUCUGGACUUUCUCAAAAUAUCCUGGCCCACAUCUGGGCUCUUGCGGACACUAAGCAGAUCGGCAAGCUGACCAGGGAGCAGUUCGCCCUCGCCAUGUAUCUUAUCCAGCAGAGAGUCAGCAAGGGCCUCGACCCCCCUCAAGUGCUGACCGCCGACAUGAUCCCACCCUCAGAGAGAGGCACUCCUGUACCUAGCUUAUCAGGAUACAUGACCCCAGUGGGAUCAGAGAUGGCGGCUCUGUCUGAGAUGAGACGGGACAGCUCGAGCUCAGUGGGUUCAGGGGAGUUCACUGGCAUCAAGGAGUUGGACGACAUUAGCCAGGAGAUCGCACAGCUGCAGAGGGAGAAGUACACCCUGGAGCAGGACAUCAGGGAGACGGAGGAGGCCAUCAGACACAAGAGUGCAGAGGUGCAGGAGAUGCAGCAUGACCUGGACAGAGAGACGGCCAGCCUGCAGGAGCUGGAGGCUCAGAAACAAGAUGCCCAGGACCGCCUGGAAGAGAUGGACCAGCAGAAACACAAACUAGAGGACAUGCUGAACGAAGUCGGGAUAAAGUGCCAGGAGGAGUCUCAGAUGAUCUCGACCCUCCAGAGUCAGAUCCACUCACAGGAGUCUGAUCUGCUGAGCCAGGAGGAGGAGCUGAGCCGGGCCAAAGCCGACCUGGGCCGGCUGCAGCAGGAGGAGAACCAGCUGGAGCAGAGCCUGGCCGCCGGCAAGAUCCAACUGGAGACCAUCAUCAAGUCCCUGAAGGCCACGCAGGAUGAGAUCAACCAGGCUCGCAGCAAGUUGUCCCAGAUUCAGGACAGCCAACAAGAAGUGUCCAAAAGCAUCGAGCAGUACAACAGCACCUUGAACGGAACCCACGGAGGCAGCAUGACCAACCUGGCCGACAUGAGCGAGGGGUUCAGCGACAGAGAGAACGGAGGGUUCCCGGCUACGGAGGAUCCAUUCAAAGUGAAGCCAUCUGUGUUCAAUAGCCAGCCUCAGGAGCUCCACACUGACCCCUUCCACUCCGAAGACCCCUUCAAAACAGACCCCUUCAAAGGUGACCCUUUCCAAAAUGACCCUUUCCCAAAGCAGCCACCGACAUCUACAGAUCCUUUCGGAGGAGACCCGUUCAAAGAGACCGAUCCGUUCAAGGCUUCGUCCGAAGAUUUCUUCAAGAAGACCACGAAGAUGGAUCCCUUCUCCACACCAGACCCCUUCAGUAAAAGCGCCACGUUACCUUCCAAGCAGCAAGCCAGUCACUUCACAAGCAAUGACCCAUUCUCUUCAAGCAACUCCAAGCCCAAAGGACCAGACCUGUUUGGCACGCUGGACCCGUUCGGCAGCAGUUCCUUCAGCAGCAGCAGCAACAGCUCCGCUGGGUUUGCAGACUUCAGCCUCAUGUCGAAGCCCCGAGACCCUUUUGAGGGCAGGGCCAGCUGGCUGCCGGACUACCAGAAGUCGGUGUUUGUGGACGACCCUUUCAGCAGGAAGAAUGACACGCCAGCUCUGCCACCGAAGAAAAGUGUUCCCCCAAGACCCAAACCACCCAGUGGUAAGAGCACACCAGUGAGCACUUCUGGCACAGCGGACCCUUCCAAACCAUGCGACCCCUUCCAGCCGUUCGGCGGCGACGCCAUUGACCCAUUUCAGAGUAAAAAGGGCCUGGUAGACCCGUUCAGUGGCAAAGACCCUUUCGCCCCGUCCUCUGCAUCAACUUGGGAACGAGGCUCAGCAGCUGGAGUGGGCGAAGCGAGAGAGCGAGCGAGCCGAACGCGAGCGACUCAAGAGGCUCAGGCAGCAGGAGCAGGAAGACCUGGAGCUGGCCAUCGCCCUCAGCAAGGCAGAGAUGUCCAACGCAUGACCUGGAACCCCGACCGCACACACACACAUACUCGCGCACACACACAAGCUAACAUGACUGACAUCUAAACAUGCAGACAGGAAGCAACACACUGGACUAACUCUACCGAGUGUUCAUACAAACUAUGGUCCACACAGGACCUGCACCUCCACUGUUUCACCCGCCAUGACUCGAUGAACAGUAAGAACUUCCAGGCGAGUCGAGCCACUGACCCUGCAUUUAAAUAAAGUAACGCUCUUCUGACAUGAAGGAGGAAGGGGGUCCUGAUGGAAACAAUGCACUAAAGUGGCUGAACAGGGAUGAGACGGAUCUGUUCAUAUUGUUUUUCCUCCAGCUCCUCUCACAAUGUGGGGAUAUGGAAAAUAACACUACAAUUUAGACUGCUGGGGUGUUUCCUUGGUUUCUUCCUGAUAUAUAGGAGCAACGUGGUUUUAUCAUUGAGCUGCUGAUGGUAUGAACCACGUCUGCGUUUAGUGUUGAGUUGUGUUGCUGGCAUGGAAACGCAAACAGAUAUGCGGUGAUACAUAAGUGUUUGUUUCUAGAGAGCAGACUGGAUUUGACCCUCCUCACUCUCUUUGUUCACCUCUUUCCCUCAGGAACUGUUACUAAGACAGAGUUGAGAAGUGAAAGCCCGUGGAGAAACGUUCCCCUCUGUGCUAAGAUAGGCUUUUGAUUAUGAUCUGUGAUGCUGGUUGAGUUGAAGCAUAUUUCUACAAAUGUCGCUUUUUCUUUUAAUCUGAUACCACACCGGGUCUAAUAUUACUAGAUUAUCAAAUCCAGAUUUUGGAUUGGAUUGUCGACCGAUGUGGCGCUUAGACUAUGGUCAAUUACUCAAUCGCACAUUUGUAAGGCCAUAUGCUAUGUACCUACCAAUAUGAACUGAUAUGACGAGGGCCUCGCAGCACUGCAUGCACCAUGAAUGAGGUGAUGUGCUGGAGAGCAACAGAAGACAUUAUACAGCUUCUUUUUACAGGCUGAGAAAAACUGACCGAGUCCCUUUAAGGCCUCUAUUUGCUGUUAUCUCCCAUCAGACAUAAUGAGAUUGGCUGUGUCAAGUGAGUGUGCCCACCUCUCUGUUUGUUUUGGACGGUGUGUUUGGCUAACAGAACUACCAGUACACACAAAGCUGAGUGCGUCGCCAGAGAUGCUGUCCCGUCAUACAUUUUUAAUGAGCAUGACCCUCUCGUUGACACACAAAUUGACGGAAAAUAUCGUCUUGGAAGAAUAAGCGCUUCAGGUCGACCCUAGUGGGUUAAUCUGGCCCCCAGAGAGAGAGAAAGGGAGUCUUUCAGGAGAGACUCCCUCCUCAGUGACUCCUGUGUGAAAAAAGAGAACACUUUCUCUCACACAGAGAAAAAAGAUAAAGAUCCACUACACUGUUUCCCUAUAAUGUGACAAAUCCCUGACAAAUGAAGAUAACAGCUUCAAAUGUCAACAUUUUCUUUUGAGUGACAGGAACAAAGUGAACAGGUGUAUUUUGUGUGUCCGUAGUGUGAGACUAGUGUGUGGAGUGACGGCGCUGCAGUACUCCCCUCCCCCUCUAUCAAAUGUAUAUAUUAUAUUAACAGAGAGAACUAUGCUGUACUUUCGAUCCCAAUGCUGUGACCAUAUUCAACACAUUCUAUGUUUGAAUCUUUUUAGAGAUUGAGGAUUUUUAAGCUGGUUUAUUAUUUCGAUGUGUUAUUCUUUUUUUUAAAGAACAUCCAAAUUCAUAUUGCUGUUUGUCACUCCAGUGCUCCACAGACCAGUGAGAUCCGGGGUGACUGGGACGUCGUCUUUAAAGUAGAACUAAUUCUGCUGAGCGAAGUCACUGAAGACUUUAUGUCUCACUCUGUUGCAGUUUCAAAUAUCACAUAGUGGUUCAUAUUUCUAUAUGUCGCUGUGUGUCCCUGACCAAUCAUCUGCUUCAGGCGGAUUCUACUGAGGGCACUUACGUUUCCUAAACGUUUACUUUAAGGGAUGACAGAUGAAGUUUUUCAUUUUUCAUUUUUUUUAAAUAAGGACGUUGUUGAGACUAACGUUUGUUGAGAUUGUUGGUGUCCGUUGUUAAGACUAGUUGUAACCAUGAGCAGUACUUUGGUCUGGGGAUCGUCGUAAUUCAGUGCUGGAUGUCUUCUGAUGGAGCCCGGACAUUUAUUAUAUUAUUAUUAUUAUUAUUAUUCAGAGGAAUGGAAGAAUUUGGAAAUAUGGACGCCCCUUAACGACUUCUAAAGGUAUCAUCAUUUGGUCAAAUCUUAACAGUGUGCUCAGUGCUGCCCCUGGUGGACACAUGUACUACUGUUUUAGUCACUUGUCUUAUCUUAUUUAAAUAUAGCUUCCAGCCACUGGUGGCAGCACUGAGUGUUCUGCUUCUGAGUAGAUUCCUGCCGUAUCCUCAGAAUGAUGAUUUUAUAGUUUGAAUUGACUUCAAAUUACUUAUCUUCUUUCCAUUUUUAAAAUUUUUUAAUUUUGCCUUAAAUGUGCAGUGUGUAGGAUCUGGCAGCAUCUAGCGGUGUGGUUGCCAACCAACUGAAACGUAUUCUGUUUGCCAAGCAUGUAACGUAGAAACAUCUCCAAGAAGUAGAUACAAAAACAGCUAAUUUUAAGCUAGCGGAUGCCGCUAAAUUCUACACGCGGUUCCUUUUAAAUGUUUCUGAAUUAAUUGCCUGACGGUAUGGGGAGUUCAUCAUUUCAACAUUCUUCCCAACUUUAUGAAUGCCUAGUUGACCAACGUGUCUCAGUUGUUCUGUCAGAUACCCAUCCAGGACUGUGUUACAAGGCAUGUGAUGGUCUUCAGGGCACGGUCCUGGUCGGGUCGGGGUUCCAGGUCAUGCGUUGGACAUCUCGUAUUUUCAAUGGAUCUCCAGGACAAACUUUUAAUCCGACAGUUGGAACAAACACAUUGGAAUUUAGUCUUGGUGCUGAAGGCUUUGCACUGACUGGUACACUGAACUUGUGUUAACUUGUGUUACAUUUGCCUCUCCAGUCAUCACAUUGAACAAGAUGAUGGACGGCCAAUAGCAUGAUGAAAUAUCCAACAGCUGUUUUUACUCCCCUGAGAUAUUUAUACAUGUGUUAUGUAUUAGGGUAAAAAUGUGAAUUCACCCAAAUUGGACAGAAAUGCUCAAGUUAAUAUUAGUCCAGCCACCGAUUCUGCCAGAUAGUAAUGUGAAUGGCCUCUGGUUUUUUUUGUGUGUCCUGUUUACAUAUCAUGAAUGUUUCCUUUGCUGUGUCCCUGGAUAGUGAGCUUCUCUAAGCUGUACACAACACCUUCUGAAGAGAUCCUUCUACCUCUGAGCCAUAGCUUGACCUUGUUGCUGUCACACUAGUGAAAAUGUUCUCAUAUUUUAACGUAUGCUUGUUUUCAUUCAUCAUUGGAACCAAAUGGUGCUGUUAGCUGACAACAAGCUAACAGGCUAGCUUGUUGUCAGCUACUACCCAUGUCUUUUGAUUAGGAAUGUCUUGCUAACGAGGUAUUUUAGUUCAUGGUACGUGUAGCCAAAAUACGGAUUUCUUUUUUUAAAGGCAUUUAUAUCCUAAAACAACUGGGCGCUGUAAUGUAGAAAAUGUGUCAGUUACUGUAACAUGCGCUGGCUGCUAACAAGCUAGCUUGUAGCCUGGUCGUUAACCCUUAGUUAGAUAUUGAUUAGCCAUCGAUAACAACGUGAUUUUCAGUCGUCUGAACUUGUUCACAACAGUGUGACAUGCACCGUGCCCGAAAAACAAAAAAAGAAGACUAAUCUUCAAUCAUAUUUCCUUAAUUAUUUGGUCUCUUUGGUCUUUCGGUCACAGACGAAUGCGCAGAUGCAUUUUUUGGACGCGAACCCCUUUUUGUCAACAGCAACAGAAACCAUCAUGUAGAAAAGAUCAGUGUCACAGGAUGCCGUGGUACCCGGUCUGGGAGGAGCUUUAGGGCAAUUCUGUCUCCACUGUGACGAUAUGCAUCAACAGGCCACGUUUGUGAUAUUUUCACACGGUAUAAAUGGCAACGUCCAGGAAACAGAAAAUGUGUCGGUCUUCACGUGAAGGUGCCAAAUGCUGCCCACCUCUCGGACUUGAUUAGAAAACAUUGAUUAAAAAAACAACCAUUAAUUCAAGACUUACUGGCUUUUCUGGAGCUUUCAACCACAUCUCACAUUUAAAAGCUCAGGAAUAUAUAUAUUUGUUCAAUGUUGCCAAACUACUGUUUCCAAUGUUCAAGAAUGCUCAACACUCCCUGAACUAGGACCGGAUGUCAUUUGGACCUUUUUGAUUCUAGUGGCGAUGAGACACCCGAGUCUCGGUAUAAACACCAAAACAAUAGUCGAGACAAAAGACGAAGCUCUGAAAUGUUAAAUGUAUAUACAAAUGUAAAUUCGUCUAAAAUUGGUUAAAUAGAAUUGCGUACUUUUAAAAAAAAAAA